GCGGGGCGCGGGGCUCGGGGCUCGGGGCUCGGGACCCGGGGCCCGGCGGUUUUGUGGCCGCGACUUCGCCAUGCCCGUGCGGUUCAGGGGACUGAGUGAAUACAAGAGAAACUUCAAAUGGAGAAGCCCAGAGUUUUGUAGCCCGUCCCAGCAGCAGAAAUCCUUGUGGGCAGGACUUCGGUCGGAUCAGUUUGGAAUCACGAGAGAACCAAAAUUCAUUUCCAAGAGAAGGGUACCUUACCAUAAUCCACAGAUUUCGAAGUCCCUUGAAUGGACCGCAGAUUGUGACUUGAGUGACCCAGUGGAAAUCGAAACUGCAGAGUUGCACACAGACCACAACAACAAUAAUGUGGAUCAGGAAAAACUUGAAAUGYCAGAAGAACCCAGACUCUCCCCAAAAGUUCAGUUACAAUUGGUAGAUUCUAGUGGUGAAACAGCUCUUGCCCUUGGAGAGAACGACAUGAAGAAAUCACCCUCCAAAAUUCCACCAAAUCAAAAUGAAGCAUUUUCAUCUCCAAAAAAGGAAUCAGAAAAAAUUAGUAACGGGUUUCACAGACCCCUUCAGAGGAAAACAAACGUAAAUAUUCCACAGACUUUCCCCAGAAAUUCUGAAUAUCAGAGCCAGUUUGUCUGGAAGAGUCCACAUGAAAUGUCACCAAUACUUGCAGCUGAGCAGCUUAUUUGCAACUCAAAGAAAUCCAUACCUCCGGUUGAAUCUCCUGCAAUUACUUCUGAAACUGCAUAUGAGAGAAAUUCCAAAGGGUCUCCUCUUGUUAAGAGUCCACAAGAGAGAGAUGGUUCAGAAGACRAAGAAUUUCUGAGUAAAAGGGAAGAACCGUUUCAAAAACCAGCAGAAGAUGCAACAAAACAAGGGAAAUCAGAACAGAAACAUCCUAAACAAUAUAAUAAGCAACAUAUCAGUCCAAAGCCCCUCACUUUACAUACAAGUCGUGGGAAGAUGAACACUGAAUAUAGGUCAAAAUUUUUGUCUCCAGCCCAGUAUUUCUACAAAGAUGGAGCUUGGUUUCGUAUUAAGAGUAAAGCUCACAACCAGGCAUCUCAAAACACCCUAGAUUCCAUGUGGUAUAUGGAGGUGAGAGAACUUCGAGAAAGAGCCAAGACUUACAGACAACAAGUAGAGGGAACACACUUCUCCCGAUACCAUUUCAGUCAGAUCCUGUCUGAUAACAACAGUCUUUGGGAUGUGUCCUCAACUUCCAGUUCAGAAGAAGGAAUCAGCAACAACAUCAGAGCACUAGAUCUUGCUGGUGUUUCUGAAAAAGAGGCUUCACCAAGCCCCAAAGUGCUACAGCAGCCUGACUCCAGAGAUCAACCACAUCAGAACAGCACAAAGAAAGACAUGCCAGAUGCUUUAACUGUUCCAGUCAAAAGACGUUUAGCUUGGGAUGAGCAAGAAGGUACGGAAGAAAAGGAAGAACAACUCUCAACAGAAGAGAAAGAGGAAGAAAAUCAAGAUGAACAGCCUGCAGUUGUGGGCCAGCAAUUAGAAAAAAACAAUAAGGAUGCCAAAGAAGAUAAGAAAAUUGAAGGUGAGAAUGCCUUAGUAUUGAACACUUCUGCAGCUGUGUCAGAUUCUUCUGUAUCCUCAAGGACAGGCGGCAGGCUUCCUACUCAGAAGCUGAAAACUCUUAGAGGAACUCYGAGGACUCAUCAUGAUCAUACUACCCCAGCUGCUGUAGGAAGUACUGCUCUGGUGUCUGCUCCUAAAUUCAAAUCUCCAUCUUCAGCUCAGAGGACACAAAACUUAUCAACAAAUCCUUCAAAAAAAAGGUCCUUCCAGCCUGAUGUGAAAAUGGAAACCACUUCACUCUUUAACUCUCCACCUGCUGGGCUGGGAASUGUGGAUCCUCUACCACUUAGGCAGGAUCAGUGGCCUCCUAACAGGGUUGCUGAUGAACAAGUUCCUCCUGCUUCUGCCCAUCAAGAGCAGUCCUCUGCAACUCCUGUGCUGAAGUCAGCAAAAAACUGCUCUGUGCCUUGCUGGGGUCCCUCUCAUCGUAUUCAAGGGACUCUAAAGGAUCCAGAAUUCCAACAUAAUAGGAAUCUUGGCAAUCCAAAAGUGAGAACUUUCCAGUUGCCCCUUCGGGAGAGAAACUGUAAUGAAGAUGACAGGUUCUCUCAGAUUUCUGCUCGCUCAGCAGCAUCUAGCUCCCUUGCAUCUCAGACACUGGAACGAGCUCAAAAGAGGAAGGAUUUCUGGGCCAAGACAUAAUCUCUUCUACCUGUUGUAUAGGAGCUAUUCUGUAAAAUGAUUGCUUUUUUUGUAGCGUACAUUAAAAAAAAUUGUGACUGUAGAUUUCACGCAGCAUCCUUUCACUUACCAUUGAUAUUAAUAUAUUGAUAAAUAUUAAUGUUGAAAAUUAAUAUUUAAACUGUUGUAGAAAAUUGAUGUUCUUUACACCUGAGAGUUAGGUCUUAAUUCACUAUGUCACAACAGCCAUGUGGGGUUUUAUUUUUUUUGGAACUUCUUGACACUGAGAUAGUUAUUUUUUUAUGGAACCUGUGUGUUAUUUUUCAAGGUAUUGUGCUGCAGUCAUGCAGUAUGACCUGGAAGAGUAUUCUGGGGCAGCACCAUUGUUCACUAAAUACCUCAGUUGCUUUAUUUAGUUAUCUUAAGGGCAGCUGUGGUAUAUGUAUUUGUUACUUUAUGAAUAGUCAGCAUUCAGAGCAAAAAGUUACUUUUACUAUUUACUGCUUUUAACCUUUUACCAAAAGAUUCUAAUUUCUUAAUGACACUAACAUAGAACAUACAAGAGUUUUAAGAAAAGGACGUGAAGCAUUAGGGUUUGUUCAUUGUGCACAGGUUUUUGGCUACGAUGACUAUCAGAUUUUAGUGCUGCAGUUUGCCAGCUGUGCUGAUGUCAGUGCUUGUCUUGUAGACUAAGACCCGUGUUUAGUGAUAAUUUCAGCUUCUYUAGAAAAAGCAAACUCAGCCACGUUAACUAGUAGUGUUCUCCAGCUCCACUUCAGACUCAUGUAUUUAGGAGCAGUGAUCUCUUUAAGUAAACACAAAARGAUGUUUUUCUUUUCUUGACUUUGAUAUUUUAAUUGCUUCUUGCCCUAGUUGCCUGUUCCGGGGAGACUGAUACCAUUAUGAUUGUCACAGUGAAAAGUGUUUGUGAUUUAUGCUGACAGCUCAUUUUAUCUUUCCAUGCAGACAAAUUAAAAUGAAGUAGAGGAAAUAGGUGGCUAGCAACCAGUUUGGCUCUCUUUCUGUUUGGCUUCAGGUCUUAAUACCACGUCAUUUGAAAAUUUUAUACAGAAUUAUUUGAAUUUUGUACACACUUGAUGGCAUUUUGAUUUUGUAUGCAAUUAUGUAUGCAUAUUACUGAAAAUAAAAAYGGUUGUUUGAUCUGUUUCUCUUUAAGUUACGCUGGAUAAUUUGGCAGAGCCUAUUACAUUGGCACUUUUCUGUUUAGUUCUCUGUUCAACUUCAAUAUCUAUGGAUUUAAAGACAAGGUGUUACCUAAGAAGUGAUCUUCGGAAAGAAUGAUUCAUUAAAGCUAGAUAUGUUGACACUAGAAAUCCUAACUGACUACAGGUAUUUUAAAUGGUGACUUGAACAGGUGGCUGGAAAGGCUGCAAUGUCCAAAGGGUCAAUCCCCAGCAGAUAAUUUAGAGAGUGUGUGAAUUAGUGCAAUCCAGUACUGAUGAUGUUAGAAAGGAGUGUUCCCUUCUCCAGGAAUUACAUGUUACAGUGGCUUCCUACCAGUUAAACAGUUAGAAACAAA